AUGGCCAACCCCAACCGGACGGACUACGAGGGCCCCGAGCUCUCGGGUCCUGGCAUUCUCUGGAUCAAUUCAAAAGUCACCGACCCGGCCACGCUGCCCGUCGACAAGUUCACUCGCUGGUACGAGGAUGUUCAUAUCCCGGAUAUCAUUGCUGCUCGCCCGGGCGGCAUUGUCGCGUCUUGGCGCUACCAGUGCACCGAUGCCGGGCGCGCAGCUCCGUUCCUAGCCGUGUACAAGUGCCCCGACAUGGGCUUCAUCCAGAGCACCGAGUUCAAGUCCAUCCCCAUGACGCACCCAACGCUGCCGGGCAAUGGGCCCAUCCAUCGCUAUGCCGACUUUGACGCCCGCUUCUACAAGCACGUGGAGACGUGGAGCAGCCCCGAUGCCGCCGACGGACGCACCGCAACGCUGAUAUCUGAGGCCAUUGAGCCGGCGACCAAUCUGAGCGCGGACGCGUUCAAUGCGUGGUUCCGCACGGAGCACAUCAAGGAGGUGGCGACGCUGCCCGGCUGGCGCCGCACGAGCCGGUUCGAGCUGGUGUUCAAAAAGGAGAGCAAAGACGACUCGGACAGCGCAGCUACGAUCACGCCGUACUAUCUGGCAAUGCACGAAUUUGCCAGCACCGAGGCCGUGCCGGCUUCUGGUGCUGUAGGAAGGUUUCCGGCACGACUGGUCGCUGCGUCCACGGCUGUUCUGGAUGGUGCGCGAAAGGUUGACGUCGCCGCGUUCUCGAUACUGCGCGGCUUUGGCGAUGUCGGUGCGCGCUGGGUCGACAGCGAUGAGAAGAGGGUGUAG